CUUAAACCCUAGCUUCCUCCUCCUUUUUCAUUCUCUCAAAACUGCUUUUCUCGCAGCCCAACAUACUCUCUCGCCUCUCCUCCUUGGCGUUUUCCCUUGCGACCUGGGUUUUCCAGUCCGGGGUAAGACCAGAUCAUAAGAUAUGGUGCAGUAUAAUUUUAAGAAGAUCACUGUUGUUCCCAAUGGGAAGGAUUUUGUUGAUAUCAUUCUCUCUCGCACACAGCGGCAAACACCUACUGUUGUUCAUAAGGGCUAUGCAAUAUCCCGUAUUCGUCAGUUUUAUAUGCGCAAAGUGAAAUACACCCAACAGAAUUUCCAUGAUAAACUUUCCACCAUCAUUGAUGAGUUCCCCAGGCUUGAUGAUAUCCAUCCUUUCUAUGGUGACCUUCUUCACGUGCUCUACAACAAAGAUCAUUACAAGCUUGCACUUGGCCAAAUAAAUACUGCACGGAACUUGAUUUCUAAGAUUGCUAAGGAUUAUGUAAAAAUGUUGAAGUAUGCUGAUUCACUAUAUCGUUGCAAGUCUUUGAAGAUUUCUGCAUUGGGCCGCAUGUGUACUGUGAUAAAGCGCAUCACGCCCAGUCUAGCUUAUCUUGAGCAGAUCAGGCAGCAUAUGGCAAGGUUACCUUCAAUUGAUCCAAAUACUAGGACAAUCUUGAUCUGUGGGUACCCUAAUGUUGGUAAGAGCUCAUUCAUUAACAAAAUUACAAGAGCAGAUGUGGAUGUGCAGCCAUAUGCUUUCACCACAAAGUCCUUGUUUGUUGGUCAUACUGACUACAAAUACCUGAGGUAUCAAGUUAUUGACACUCCGGGGAUAUUGGAUAGGCCGUUUGAGGACCGUAAUAUCAUUGAAAUGUGCAGUAUUACAGCUCUAGCGCAUCUUAGAGCUGCCGUGUUGUUUUUCCUAGACAUUUCUGGGUCUUGUGGCUACAGCAUUGAACAACAAGCUGCCUUAUUUCACAGCAUCAAGUCUCUCUUUCUGAACAAACCCUUGAUCAUAGUUUGCAACAAAACUGAUUUGCAGCCUAUGGAAGGGAUUUCUGAGGAAGACAGGAAACUAGUCAUGGAGAUGAAAGAAGAAGCUAUGAAGACUGUGAUUGGCCAAGGCGGUGAAGCAACGGACGACCAAGGAGUGCUUUUGACUAUGAGUACUUUGACUGAGGAAGGCGUGAUUGCGGUGAAGAAUGCUGCUUGUGAAAGGUUGUUGGAUCAAAGGGUUGAAGUUAAGAUGAAAUCAAAGAAGUUAAAUGACUGCCUAAACCGCUUUCAUGUUGCAAUGCCAAAGCCUCGUGAUCAGAAAGAAAGGCCUCCAUGUAUACCUCAGGCUGUGUUGGAAGCUAAAGCUAGGGAAGCGGAGGCAGAUGCAGAGAAAGAAAAGAGGAAGCUUGAAAGGGAUCUGGAGAAUGAGAAUGGAGGUGCAGGUGUAUACUCUGCUAAAUUGAGUAAGCACUAUAUCUUGGCAGAUGAGUCUUGGAAGGAUGAAAUAAUGCCAGAGAUUCUUGAUGGGCACAAUGUGUAUGAUUUUAUUGACCCUGAUAUCUUACAAAGGGUUGAGGAAUUGGAGAAAGAAGAAGGCCUUCGGCAGGAGCAAGAAGAUGAUUUUGAGAUGGAUGGUGGUGCUGAGCUGACCCCUGAAGAACAACAAGCAUUGGCUGAAAUUAGGAGAAGGAAAAGUAUACUCAUUCAACAGCACAGGAUUAAGAAGAGUACAGCGGAGAGCCGACCAACCGUACCCAGGAAAUUUGACAAGGACAAGGAAUUCACUUCAGAGAGAAUGGGAAGGCAGUUGUCUUCUCUGGGUCUUGAUCCAAGUCUUGCAAUCAACAGAGUUCGUAGCAAAUCCAGGGGCCGAAAGAGGGAAAGAUCAGUUGGCCCCACUGAGGGUGUGGAAGCAAUGGAUGUAGAUGAUAACACUCCCAAUAAAAAAUUGCGCCUAAGGUCUACAUCUAGGUCAAGGUCCAAGUCACGGCCUCCAGGUGAAGUGGUACCAGGGGAGGGCUUCAAGGACUCUGCACAGAAGUCAAAGGCACUAAAUCUGUUUAAGAAAUCUGCAAAGAAGAGGAACAAGGAUGCUCGCCGUGGAGAAGCUGAUAGAACGAUCCCUACUCUGAAACCAAAACACUUGUUCUCUGGCAAGCGCGGUAAUGGCAAAACGCAAAGGCGCUAAGGAAAAUCUAGGGUGUCUAUCAACUCUGGAGCUCAAUUUUCAAUAUAUCAAAUUGUUUAUGAGAUUUGAACAAAGCUCCACAAAUUUUGAAUGGGUUGCAUAGCAAGUAUCAAAGCUUUUGUUGUUUCUGGAGUUGGAUGGGAUCAACUGAGCUGCAUUACUUUUUGGUUAUUGCAAUUUAUUGGAUUUUGUUAUUUCACAUAAGUGUUUUUUUUUUCUUUUCUUUUUAAUCCUCGUGACCAUUGAAUUUUGUUUCUGUAUACCAUGACAUCAUCGCAGUAUUUGGUUGAAUUUUGCUUUAAUAUAUCAUUUAUGCUGUUGUAGUGCUGUGUUAUGGAAUGGAAACAUUUCUUUAGUA